CUCUUCUUUACCUUUUCAACCCACUCUGCCCCUUCACGAGUCCCUUUUCAUCUCAAUACUCUUGUAAUACCAUUUCACCAAAAAAACAAAUCCAUUCAAGAUGUCUGAAGCACCAAAGCCCGUCGAGACUCCUGUAGUCGCCCCUGAAGUCACUGCUGCAGCUCCCGCUACAGCUCCCAAGGUCGAGGAGACCCCAAAGCCAGCAGAGGAGACAGUUGCGCCAGUCGUUGAGGCCCCUGCUUCCACCGAGGCCCCAAAGGUCGAGGAGGCUGAAGUUGCUGCUCCAGCAAAGGAGGAGGUUAAGCCAGUCGAGGAGGGCGUUCUUGGGUACAAGGGCCCAGGUCUUCUCAAGUAAGUCACACCAACUCCUGAGCACCAUCACCACAUGUUUUUUCGAACGGGAAACAUAUUCAUAAACCCCCCCUUUUCUAAAGUGGGCUUUUGCCAAAGCAUUUUUGGUGCAUGGCAGACUUUUCAUACUUCCCCGCCUCGACUUUCCAGAUUAAGAUCUGUGGCUAACAUACAUUCACCAGGGGUCUUAUUUUCCAAAAGAAGUUUUUCUUCUUCCGUACCGACGCUGUUGAGACCAAGGCUUUGUCAAGCUACCUCCGUGGCGAGAAGGAUGCCGCAUCCGCCAACCACAACGCCGCCUGGGCUGCACACACCGGAAAGGGUCUCUUGUUCUUCAGCAAGAAGGCCACUGAUAAGGCCAGCCCAGCUGGUCUUUUCAACUUGGUGAGUUUCACAGUCUAAAACAUCAUCUGAAUCAUACUAAUACUGUACAGGCCGAUGUCGCAGAUUUGACUGAGGAAGGCACCGUUGAAUUCCACUUCGUCUCUGGAGGACACAAGCACACUUUCCAGACCACCACCUUGGCUGAGCGUGAUAACUGGGUUGCCGUCUUGAAGACCAAGAUUGAGGAGGCCAAAUCCUCUGUCGAGUCUGUCAAGGAGACCGAGGAAUACAAGACUGCUCUCGCCGCGUUGGCCAAGCCAGUUGUCGCACCAGUUGCCGCCAAGAAGGUUGAGGAGCCAAAGAAGACUGAGGAGGCUACUCAACCCCCAGAGAUCGUUGAGCCAGUUGUCCCAGCUACCUCUGCUGAGGAAGGUAAGGAAGAGAAGAAGGAUGUCAAGGAGAAGGCACGCAAAUCUCGCUCUGCCUCCCGCAAGCGUACAUCCAUCUUUGGAGGUAUUGGAUUUGGUGCAAAGAAAGAGGAGGCUGCCGCUCCAGCAACAGAGGAGACUGCUGCCCCCGCCGUUGAGCCAACACCAGCAACUGAGGAAACACCAGCCGUUAGUGAGCCAGUCGUUCCAGCUGCUACCGAAGAACCAGCAGCCGCCACUGAGACUCCAGUCAAGCCAACUCCAUCCAAGCGCAACAGCAUCUUUGGAACCCUCAAGUCUCAAUUCUCUCAAAACAAGGAGAAGAAGACUGAGACCCCAGCUCCAGCAAAGGAAGAGACCGAGGCAGUAAGCGAGAAUGCUCCAGUCAUUCCACAAGUCGAAUCCACCGAGCCUCUUGCUGCUGCUGAGCCUAUUGCUGAGCCAGCUACUGAGACUCCUGCCACCAACGGCGAGGCCAAGACUGAUAUCCCAGUUAUUAAGAGUGAUAAGCGCAAGUCUUCCCUCCCAUGGUUGUCCAAGAAGGAGAAGCCAACCAGCGAGGAUGAGGCCGAGAAGCCAAAGUCCCCAUUCGCUAAGCUUCGAGCUACCGUCAAGGGCAAGUCCUCCCCAAAGGCUGCCGAGAAGGUUGAGAAGGCCCAAGAGACCAAGGAGGAGGAGGCUGCACCAGCUGCCCCAGUUGUUGAAGAGCCAGCCAACACCACCACUCAAGCACCAACUGUCCCAGCCACCACUCAAGUUACCGCUUCCGCAUAA